AUGCUGGGCGAGACACCGAAACCGGGAGUAACGUACAGGGAGUCUCUCGACAGGGACCUCAGUUUCAGAAGCGUCUGCCCAACUUCCCGAAAGGGACGGUGGGUCUGUAGGAACUGGUCGAGCUUCUCGUUCUGGCUCAUGUCGACAACGGCACGCGGAUAUGGGCUGGAGAUGGAGCGAACGGGCUGGCCCGAUGACGGGGGGCGGUCCCUGGCCAAGGCCAACCCAGGCGGUUCGAGUGCGGGAUGUGUCAUCCAGUGUCUGUGGAAAUUGGAGGGCCCGUGCGGGGCCGAAAAUGCGCCAAUCGGCAGCGCGCCCGGUGCUGUGCGGGUGGCUCUUGCCAGGGCUCCGGUGGCGAAGAGGCGGACUGCGUCUGGCCUCGGCCUUUGCUCUGCGCUCUGCCUUCGUCUCCGACAUAUCCCCCGCCGCAUCCCCAGCAUGAACUUCAACCUGGUCGAGCUUGAGGAUCAUCCGGUCCACGGCCACAAAACACAGUUUUCGUUCACAAAGGAGACGUAUACAUCCACAACCAAGACAAAGGAUGGAGCUGUCGUGCACCACUACGAGAGCCACUCGAGCAGCACCCCUGCUGCUCGCUCGCCUCGCAAAAAGGCGCUGUUGAUCGGCAUCAACUACAUUGGCUCCAAGCACGAACUCAAGGGCUGUAUCAACGACAUCAAAAACAUUCAGUCGUGGCUCUUGAAGCGCGACCCGGCCUAUGGCGAGCAUCUGGUGGUUCUCCGUGAUGACCAUGAAAACCCGGUGCAUCAUCCGACACGAAACAACAUCAUCAACGCAAUGCGUUGGCUUGCUCUCGAUACAGCUCCCGGAGAUCGACUCUUUUUCCACUACUCUGGCCAUGGCUCCACGGCACCAUCUCACGAUAGCUUAGAGGACGAGCCCACCGGCCUCGACGAGACGAUGGUUCCCGUUGAUUUUACAACAAACGGCUUUAUUAUCGACGACGAUAUCCACGACAUACUGUGCAAGCCCAUAGCCUCUGGGGUGCAACUGGUUGCGUUUGUUGAUUGCUGCCACUCAGGCACAAUCUUCGACCUCCCGUACACAUAUCGCCCCGAUGGCUCCCUUGACAUUGUCGUCAAGAGCAACAACUCCAUCAUUGAUGCGCUUCAUCCCACAGGCGGGUUCUUCAAACUCUUGACAGAGCAUUUUCAAUCGACUGACCAUCAAGACAUGCUCGAAGUGCUGCUCCAUCAUGGCGUUUCCCGCGACCAGAUCGCCACACCGGCCCCUAUUCCCUCCAGAAACAAGACAUGCGGCGCCAUCUUUCAAUUUUCUGGUUGCAAAGACGUGCAAACCUCUGCCGACGCAAAGAUCUCGGGGCAGGCGCGCGGCGCAUUGACGUAUGCUCUGUUGGCUGUCCUUGCCAAGAAACCACACCCAACAUAUACUGAGCUCCUGCAAGACAUCCGUGACAUUUUGAGACCAACGUUCACUCAAAUUCCCCAACUUUCCACGGGUUAUCUGACGGAUGUGCACAGCGUACGAUUUGAGAUUUAAGGCCGCACGGAAAGAAAGCCAGAUGACAGCCACCAAUUUAGUAGUACCCAGCUUGAAUACCCGACUUCCCCUCCCCACCACCACUCGAAAGUUGCUUCCUCCUUGCCAUGGCAAGUUGGAUGCAAAAUGGCAGCUUUGUCCUUGAUUGUGCAGCAUCGGAUUGAAUGGGAGGACCUUCCAGUACAUGUCCGCUCUGCACCAGGUGAAUAUAUGUGUUUCCCAAAGCCGGAA